AUGUGCAAGGCACUCUCGUGCCUGGACGCACGCUGUGCGCACGCAACAAUGGCAGACCAGGCAUGUACAUGUGCCUGCAUGCCUGGCAGUGCGGCCCCUAGCAGCAGGCGUGCCUGCGGGUUGCCACACACGGCACAGCUCGCGGGCGCGGCACUUUCAUGUAAGCCAUGUGCCUGGACCGUGCGGCAUUUGCCUGGAGCGGCGCCAACGAUAUGCACAACAUAUGCACAACAAGGAUUGGCCAACGGACCGCGUGCGGUAGGCGGAUCGGUCACGCGCGGCUUUGUCCACUUCGGGCGUACAAAUACCGAGUCCCGACGGUGCACAUCUACCAUUGUUGUCCUGCAGGAGCAGAUUGAUACAAGUGUGGCUGCACUGCGGCUGCAUCGCGGUACCGAUCGACCUACCCGCUUCCGACUCAUUCGUAGAAAGACACAUAACCACGUCCGGGUAACACGGGCGCUCGGGGCGGAUCGUUUGAUACGGAUACCUGUUCGCGACUCGGUUCGUAUAGGCGUAUAUCCACAUCCGGGUAACACCGUACACGGGGACUCGUGA